AUGGUCAAUUUCGAACUCCUUGAUCGCUAUGCUGACACACACGAAAUCGAAAGCUUUCAAUGGAAAGGGAAAACAUUCCAGAGUAUACCUUACUCUGUCUUGAAAAGGAAAGCAGAUGAAGUCUUUGGUCGCUUACAAUGGUCAUCAAAAGUCGACUGUAUCAAGGAAAACUAUCUCGAGGAAAAGAACAACCGAUAUGACAGCAUGUAUACCAUGAAGAUGUCGAUUACUGUCAAGGAUUGUACGCACGAGGCGUAUGGUAGCGCUGCCGUUGAAGGCGCGGCAUCAAAGAACAGUGCAAUCCAAACCGCCAUGACCAAAGCAAAAGAGAAUGCAGCCAACCAGUGCUUUGCAUCAUUUGGCAAUUACUUCAGCAUCCAGGGCACCCAAUCAACUCCACUACCAUCAUCUUCAGCACCACGGGCAUCAUCCACCAUUGACACUAGUAUCCCCACCACCAGCCAAUCAUCGCCACCACGGGCAUCAUACACCACUGACACCAAUAUUCCUACUACCACGCAAUCAUCACCACUACCUAUAUCUUCAGCACCACGCACAUCAUCCGCCAUUGGCACUAGUAUCCCCACAACCAUCCAAUCAUCGCCACCACGGGCAUCGUCCGCCAUUGGCACUAGAAUCCCCACAACCAUCCAAUCAUCGCCACCACGGGCAUCAUCCACCACUGACACCAAUAUUCCUACUACCACGCAAUCAUCACCACUACUUAUAUCUUCAGCACCACGCACAUCAUCCACCAUUGACAUCAAUAUCCCCACAACCAUCCAAUCAUCACCACCACGAGCAUCAUCCACCACUGACACCAAUAUUCCUACUACCACGCAAUCAUCACCACUACCUAUAUCUUCAGCACCACGCACAUCAUCCACCAUUGACACCAAUAUCCCCACAACCAUCCAAUCAUCACCACCACGAGCAGUAGUAGCUGCCACUGACACCAAUAUCCCCACAACUAUCCAAUCACCACAACCACGCGCAGUACUAGCUGCCGCUGACAACAUCGUCCCCACCACCCAAUCAUCACCACAACCGUUAACAUCAUCACAACCGUUGCAAAAGUCGACUAAUUAUCCUUCAACGUCAUCCCAACCAAUGACAACAUCGACUAAAGCUUCACCUAAAGCUCUCCGAUCAGCGGCAAAUUCAUCCAUACCAGUGAAAACAAGAACCAAAGCAUCACAAGAGGAGGCAUCUCAUUCAAAAGUUGAAACCGCUGUACCCAAAAGAAUGACAAGAUCUAUGCAGAAAUCGGAGACAAUUCCCGUGGAUGACCUCGCACAGAAUCCUGCCACAGCAUUGACACCAAAACGUACAUCUGAACGCAGACGAAGAGUUGACAAAGAAACCAUUUCCAGGGAGCCCAGCAAAGUCCCCGCCAAAAAGAAACAUAAAUCUACAGGAUCUAGCACCGUUGAUGACACUAAAGCCGAGGGAUCAGUGGAGAAUCGUGUUAUCGGUUGGGAAAAGAACGAUGAUGAUUUUGCUGAUAAAGAAGGUUUGGAAAGAUUCCUUGAGAAUACGCCCGGUGAAAUAUGA